UGGAAUUCGAGCCAAGAUCACAUCACACAUGUUUCCAUCAAUUUGCAAAUUUUCUUUCACCAAGUGCCAAGUGAAAAUUUCUUGUUUUUGGUACUUAAAAUAUUUUCUGUGGCUAUUUUAUCGUGAGAAAUAGAACGAUUCAUUAGUUCAGGUACUACUAAUCAGUUUGCCAUGAUUGUAGUCUAUAAGUUGUUCGUUGAGUGUGCAAGACACAAGAAGAGAUGAUGAUUUUUAUGUGAACCUGAUAACCUGAUCUUCCCUCGGCAGGACCCAUCUUUUGUAUUUCAAAAAUGCCUGCUCAUUCUGACGACGAAGAAGACCACCAGGAGCAGGAAAAUCGGAUGAGGCAGUACCAGCAACAGCUUCCUCCUCGUGCCAGGUCGCCCUCCCUGCUCUCCGUCAGGGACAUCCGUCAAGCACCUGCUUCUUUUUUCCAAGCUCCACCGCCCAUCCACGUCGAUCUUCCACUCGGCAAGGAUAAAAUUAAGAAAAAAGAAGAAAAAUUAGGAAAGGAAGAUAGGGACGAACAUCCCGAUGAAGAGGAAGACGACGACGACAUCCAAAUCAUCGAUUCCGACCCGGAACCAGAACCACUUCUCCCCAUCAAGAAGGAAGAACCAGCGGAAGUCGUUGAGGACGAUGAUGAUGAUGACGAUAUACAAUGUCUCGGUGAACAAAUACUUGAGAGACAUGAAAUAGUUUUAAGGAAGAAGAGAAAACUAGAGAAGGUUCAGAAACGAGUGAAGCUGAAGAAAAAACAACUUGGAAAUUCUUCGGCCGCCACCGCUAUCCCAUCAACCUCCACUUUUCCACUGCCAACGCAAGGUCGACAAAAUGCAGAUGGACCAUUGCCUCCUACUCUUCCCGGUAAAGCCGCUACGCCAUCGCGGACAAAUAACACCUCUCAUGAGAGUAUGGACGGCAGCGAAAUCUUCUUUGAAGACACCACGGCUCCGCCACAGACAAAUGGUGCCCAGAGAGAGUCAGUUCCACUCCCACAUAACCAACCAACUGCCAAUGUGCCCGCCAGGUACAAUAUAAUCAAUUUUCUCUACGGUGUAAGCCCAGAAGAAGCUCCCAGCAUGGUGACGACGACGGAAACUUAUACCAUGAACGGGGUGGAAGUCCGUGCUUCCAUGAUUCCGGUUACGGUUAAAAAACCCAUAAACAUGCCACCUGCAUCAUCUCAACCUUCAGUACCUCCUCCUACCUCAUCGCAAGUCGUGGAGUCGACUGAGGAAAAUUCAGUAAAUCGGACUGACAAUACAAAAGUUGAUCUACAUGAACCCCGCCCCAAACAUUCUCGCCACAAAGAUAAAUCGCGGCACCGUUCGCGUUCUAACUCUCGGCACCGUUCUUCUUCUAAAUCCCGGCACCGUUCUUCUUCCAAAUCCCGGCACCGUUCUUCUUCCAAAUCCCGGGAUCGUUUGCGUUCCGGGUCAGAUCGACGCAGAUCAAGCUCACGAACCCAUCACCAUACACGUCAUCGUCAUUCCCCAUCACGAUCACGUCCUCCGCUGCCGCCCCAACCCUCUCGUGAACGCGAACGAAGUCGCCACCCUUCUUCCUUCACCACUCAAAUCGACGAAGCAACUCGACGCGCCCGUCAAAACGAGGCCUACUUGAGGGUCAAUUCGCAUCGGCAAUCCAUUACGGUGGAACAACCCCCACCAAGGACUUCAAAACCACAUUCCCUCUUCGCCUCAAGCAACCCAGAAUCCGCCCUCCUCCGCUUGCUCACGUCAUGUUCACAAUGUCCAGAUGCUGUUAUCCGCACUCGAGGCAUGGGAACCCAGCACCAGAAGGAGAAACACAACCUAAAAUACUGCCACGUCUGCUACGAACUCUUCUCAUGCAAAGGGAACGUAUGGAAAGAUCACAUGAUUGAAAAUCAUUCGAUUAAUGAAGGCCAGGAAAUGACCCCUUGUCCAUUUCCAAAUUGUCCAAGUAUCCUCAACUUUGAGGGGCUUUACACGCACAUCGGGAAAGUGCACCUCUGUCCCGAGGAGCAAAUGCAAACGGUCAACUCUCGAGCUCCAAGGGGAGGUCCAAUCCUCAUCGAUCCUGCCCCUUUAAGACCAAGUCUGCCUCCACCAAGAACACAGCCACAGGCCUCGCCCCAACUAGUAAAUAAUGGGAGAAGCACGAAUAAUACUCCUUCUCAUACCAGGGUAGGAAGCCAAAUGCGAGGACAACCACGAAGAUCCCACUACAUCCAGCCGUCUCGACCAACUGCUCCUACAACUAGUCAACAGCCAGGACCAGCUCAUAACAAUAGAAAUCCAUUUGUACAAAAUUCUCUCCGUCCAACCCAUGCCAAUCAACAGACUCAAAUCGUCCAAAGGGACCAGCACUUUCCACCUCCACGGACUGGUCCACGCUUUCAAGGUGGUCGCCCACCCCCAUCAACCAUCCAGUACCGACAAACUCACCCCCCUCUCAACGCCAAUCAACCUGGCUCCACGCACCACAACCCACAACCUUCUCAACAACGUGGUGAACAACAGAGCUCUCGUAAUCAACCGCCUAAUCCGGUUGUGAAUUCGCCAUUCCUGACUCCAAAACAAACAGGAACUUUGGACACUAUCUUCAAUAAAAAGCACACGAUUCCCUCGCGCGAGAAGACCAACAAGAUCGCAGUUUGUUGGGGAAUAGACAUUCAGCUCAUCAAUGAUUAUUUCAUACAUAAGGACGGGUUGUGGCGUCAAAAUCGUUACAAUCAAAAAUCUCAAAGAAGACGCGAAUAUUAAAAGACAUCGAACAGCAAUACAUUACACUUCAACAGAUCAACUAUGCAUCACUACAUGCCACCACUAUUACUUACCGCCUUGAUAAAUUUAAUGUACAAAUUAGCCUGAGUCAGGUAUGGAAUAAAGGUCGAUGCGGACCGAUUUUACGGCUGCAGGGCCAAUUUUUUGUGAUUUUUCUACGGGGCACGAUGUCCCAAUGUUGACGGAAUAAAAAAUCAGAUUUAUCGGCGGCGAGGUGCGUUGACCUACCUGUCCAAAGAUUUAGCCAAAAUA